AUGAACGCAACGCCAUCGGCGCUGGAGACGGCAGCAAAGGCAGCAUGGAGUGCCGUCCCAACUCUGGUGCAAGAGAGGCUAUCUCAAGCUGCAAUUGGCAGUCCAGUCAUCUUAGGCCUCUCGGCUGUCCUCACCCUGUUCUUUACCUGGCUCAUUAGUAUCUCUGUCUACCGCAUCUGGUUUCAUCCACUCAGCAAGCACCCAGGACCACUUCUCUGCAAGCUCACCAGCACCGUAUGGGCAUACCACUUCACCAAAGGAUCUAUCCUCCAAUGGGAAGCCAAACAGCACAAAAAGUACGGCCAGACGGUGCGUCUGGGACCGAACCGCCUGAGCUUCAUCGACCCCCGGGCUUGGAAGGAUAUCUACGGCCACAAGUUUGGCAACGCCAAGCCAAACGUCAAGAACCUCGACCGCGCCGUCAAGAACCUGCCGAGCGGCCGCCUGCCCAUGGCUCUCGAGCCCACCACGGCUGGGCACUCGGCGCAGCGCAAGCAGUUCAACCCCGCCUUUGGCGAGCGGGCGUGGAAGGAGCAGGAACCUCUUGUGCAAAAGUACGUUGAGCAGCUCAUGAGCCGGGUGAGUGCGGAUAUUGCCGCCAGCGCCAACGGAGAGACCGUGGUGGACAUUGCUACGCUGUACAACUUCAUGACGUUUGAUGUCAUGGGUGAUUUGACCUUUGGCGAGGGUCUCGGCCAGCUCGAGACUGGUAUUGAGUCCUCGUGGGUUCCGGCCGUCUUUGUCAUGUACAAGCUUUUGAACAAGAGAUCAGUCAUCAAGGCCUAUCCCCUCGGUGGAUUCUUGUUCGAUCUCUUCGCGCCCAAGGGUAUGCUGCAGGAUUCCGCUAAACACAUGCAACAUUGCAGCAAUCUCGUCGCCAAGCGCUUGGAGAAGGGUAAUGACGGGAGACCGGACAUUUUCGGCCAUGUCCUCAAGCAGCCGGAGACUAUGUCCCGCACGCUCAUGAACGCCAACGCCAACAUGUUGAUGGUGGCAGGGACGGAGACAACCGCCACUACCCUGACGACCGUGACGCACCUGCUUCUCCGCAACCCAGACAAGAUGGAGAAGCUUCUUUAUGAGAUUCGUGAUGUUCCUGACAGGUCGAGCUUGAAUAGCCAGGUAGUCCAGAGGAUGCCUUACCUGAACGCUGUCAUUGAGGAAGCUCUGAGAUUCUACCCAAGUGGCCAGGUUGGUUUAGGAACGCAGCGAGAGAUUGCGGCCGGAGGAAAUCAGGUUUGCGAUGAUUUUCUUGCCGAAGAGACUGAAGUUGCCGUCGCCGCCUGGACAAUGUCCAACUCGUCCCUCCACUGGAAAGACCCUGCCAAGUUCGUCCCGGAGCGGUGGCUCCUCGACGAGGUCGACUACGCCGCCUACCACAAGUACGACAAUCGCGUCGCCUGGCUUGCUUUCGGCACGGGGCCCCGGACGUGCAUCGGUAAGAAUAUUGCCCUGCAUGAGAUCCGUGGCGUCCUUGCCAGGUUCCUGUACGACUUUGACCUGGCCUUGAUGCCGGAGACGGAGGACUGGCUCCAUAUCAAGACGCACUCUAUUUGGUCAAAGCCCAAGUUGCUGGCCCGCAUUACCCCGGCCAAGAUGAGUGAUCUUUAG